AUGUUCGGGAUGGAGCUGCUAAAGAGGAGAGAGGGCGUGGAUAAGCUCCAAGAAGACCUAAUGCUAUCAGGGAGAGACACCCAGCUGCUCAUGAGAGACAAGAAUCGUCCAAACCAAUCAGACGGAGACAUUGAGGUGCUCAAUGGAGACGAAAUGACUUGGACGAAUCAGGAUGCAACACCAACUACUGAGAGAGAGUAUAAGCUUCAGGAGUGGAUGAGAAGCAAGUGGAGAGAUGCAGAAACGGAUUGGAUCAAGAGCUGA